GGGGCGAAGGCAGACAUGGAGGAACUGAGCGCCGUGGGAGAGCAGGUUUUUGAUGCGGAAUGCAUCUUAAACAAACGAAUGAGAAAGGGAAAGUUGGAGUUUCUCGUCAAGUGGAGGGGAUGGUCAUCCAAACACAACAGCUGGGAGCCCCAAGAAAACAUCCUUGACCCGAGACUGUUGGCUGCGUUCAACAAGAAAGAGCAAGAAAAGGAGCUUCUGCUGCGUAAAAGAGGGAAGAGGCCCAGAGGACGGCCUCGGAAAAUCCUUGAAAACGUGCCCGAAGCUUCCAAGUCAAGCAGCUCCUCAUCUGGCUCGUCGUCGUCGUCCUCUGAUUCCUCGUCUUCGUGCUCCUCUUCCUCGUCGUCCUCAGAUGAUGAUGAUGAUGAUGAUGAUGACGACAGCCAAGUUAAACAAGUCAGCCCGGGCUUGAGAACGAGAGAUCUGAAUCCUGUCCCUCAGAAGAAGGCGCAGAUUGUCAUGGCGAAACAGGAGCCCCCAAAGAAACGAAGCAGAAAACCUUUGCCCUCCGAAGUAAAGGAGUUCCAGCAGAACAAGGGCCCUCACAAGACUGCCAAAGACUCCGAUAUUCCAGGAGCAAUCAAGAAGCCGGUUCACCCAGCCAGCUUUACCUUCAUGGGUUUCCACCGGGGCUCAGCCAGGGAUACAGUGGGUGGUCCAAACAGGAGUUCCCUCACCCAGGUUGGUGCUGUUAAAAACUCCAUGAGCCCCGUGGGAUCUGGCAGACCAUCAGUCCAGUCUGCCUCUCUGCCCCUGAACAAAGCCAGCCAAAGCAGAAAUGUCACUGAGGGUAAACUGUCUGUCUCCGGUAUGAGCAGCGGGACAAGCCUGGAUUUGAAAGCAGUUCCUAGUAAAUCAAAGGGCGUAGCAGCCUUGAAUCUGAAUACAUCCAAACACCCCAUUCAAGGAACCACUCAGCAUACACUAAGCUCCCCUAAUGGACAAAAGAAAGCUCAGGUCCCUGUGACGACAGUGCAGAGGACACCCAAUACUAAAACAGUGGCGUCCUUGCCAUCUAAUGUCUCCUCCAAUCAGGGCCUCCAGCCCCUCAACCUACAGAACAAACUGGUGCAAAGCAACGAUGUUCCUGGAAAUGGCACAGCACCAGUGUCAGGCCCCAGAAAUGCAGCAAACCCAGCACGGAAACCUACUGUGACACAAAAUCAGGAGUGUAAUCCUCCCAAGAGUCCUGCGACCCCUGGAAGAGUGCAGGCCAGAAAAACACAGCCCGGAGCUGACAAGGUCAGGGAGGUGAAUGAAAUCCAGACCUCAAGAGUCCAAAGCAGGCUGGAGAAGAGUGUCGUGCAUAAAUCCCCCACAGAGGUCCAGAGCCAGCAGGACAGAUCAGCCUCCAAAGAUGGCAAAAAAGCCAAAAUGAACGAGAUGAGCACAGGGGAAGAGGAAAGCAGCUCAGACUCCGACCAGGAUUCUCCCUAUGCUGGACGGGUGGCGGUCCAGAGCCAGGACUGGAAGCCUACGCGUAGUCUGAUUGAGCACGUGUUUGUAACGGAUGUCACCGCUAAUCUAGUUACUGUCACAGUCAAGGAGUCGCCGACCAGCGUGGGCUUCUUCAGCAUCCGCAACUGUUGAUUUGCCACGCUGCAGACCCGAAGCAAACAUGCUGCUUUCCCACUGACGGGGUGCCGGUGCUGGUGCCAGUAUUUGAACCGUUAGGCGGGUUUUCCACCGCGAACGCACUCGGUGCUCGUCUGAAAAACGGGUUCAACUCGGGC